AACUUUAAUAUAUAUUAUAUAAAAAGGAGCUUUGAAUACCAAGCUAAAAGAGAACUUUUUUUUGUAUUGUACUUUUACUAAACUACAGUUGAUGGAAAAUUCGAAUCGAAGAAUUGAAGGUAGAAUCGAAUGAAGUCGAGUCUAACCGAAAUUGUCCGAUGUGCCUGUAGCUUCUUCUCUGUUCUUAACCUCGAAAUUCUGCACUGCACUGACAGUACAGUCGUCCAUGUAUUCCUACCUAAGGAUUAUACUAGAUUGAAAUGGAAGGAUUUUACAUUGAGUGAGACUCACAUCGAGAUUCAAUUGUAUAUUCUAUUACGUUUAGUGAUAUUGCAUUUCGCACUUCUAAUUCUCGGCAGUUCUCACUUCUCAGUAAUUGACAAUUGGAGCGUCACUGAAUCACGCAGAAAACAAUUAGAUGUCCAACAACAUUGUUGGAAAGGGAAUGAUGCUGAAUCAACAUCAUCCUCUGUUGAGCACCAUAGACUCCAACAUAGAACCACUUUUGGAACGUGUUUUGCAAACUAAGAGGCUCGGUGCGUGUUAUGGUCCGAUAAAAUUGGAUUUGGCAUCAUCAAGCUGCAACAGUAAAAAUGACUGCUUCAGAUUACUGAUUCCCUAUGCAGGGGAGCAUCUCGUUUGGAAUGUACUGUUCGAUUCGCAGUGUCCCGAAAUGGGACCGGACUUCAUAUUUAAUGAUCAAAAUUUUUUGAUGGAUCCAGAUAUCGAUACAUUAUCUACUUACGUACCUAGUCUUGUUAAGUGGAAUCCUAAUGAUACGGAUGGACUGCUUAAUGUGUUGAGUGAAUUGUUAUCGUAUUAUAAAGAGUAUCAGAUAAAGUUACUCGGGAAACAGGGAGAUCGGUUGCAGCUCGAAUACAGCACUCUUGUCUGUGAAACGGAAAUAUCGAAGAAGGACAUAGAAAUAAUGAUGCUGCCGUUGGGAACGAAGCCCACCGAAGCGAGAUUUUUAAUUCACAUGUCCAUGGACUACUCCCGAUUGCCACCGCCUUUUAACAAGUCGCAGAACGACGAAGCGAUGCUCAUCAUCACGUUCUAUGGUCCAGACUGGAAUCGCAUCGUGCCGCAGCUUCACUUGUCCAGGACCUUGGAGGAAGCUUUCGGUGGUCCCGAUUGCUUGCACAUUCCGCCAAUUCCAUCCAAUAAAUAUUUGAUGGACUACGUUCCGGAAGUGAAAAAGUUUAUGGAGGAAAAGAUAAAGAAUGUGGUUCAGUGUCACGACAACAGGGCUAAUUUUAUCUCGUUUAUAAUACUGUUACAACGCGGUAGCAUAAUAGAAUACGAUGCUGUGGAAUUCUAUUGGAUUACCAUUCUGUUGGAGUACCGGGACUUCCAUUUCCUCGUGUCGAUAAAUCUCUUUCCGGCGUUCCCGAAAGAGAAGCCGCAGAUUACGUUGCAAUCGAUAUAUCACAUGACACCGCAUGGCACUCUGUACAACGAGGUAUUGGACGAUAUACCGUACAAUCCUAGAUGGCCGAUGAAGCAGAUGGUCGACAAGUUAUUAACACACAUAAUGGAGAACGCGGUUAAAAAGUUUCAAACAAAUUCUAUCAGAAAUAAUCGUUUCCAGUAAUUUAUUCCGAAGAUAUAUUUUAUUACAAAAUAUCUAUUUAAUAAUUAAUUGAAAUAAAAACUAUUUAGUUUUAA